CUUACCUCUCGUUACCAAAUUCUGAAGCUUUCUGGUUGUUGCUGCCCCAGACCUCCGUGUAGUGCGUGUAUUUGGAUUACCGAAACCGCGAAAAGGCUCCCCUUAAAUUUGGAGCAAUCAGAGCUGUGUGUUCGUGUUGAGAUCUAGUGCAAUCAAUGGCGCUGGUUGUGAUUUGUGGGCAGCCCUGUAGUGGGAAAUCGACAGCUGCAAAGGCCCUAGCCGAAGCCCUGAGGGAUUCUGAAUGGAAGCAGACUGUGAGGAUUGUCGACGAGGCUUCGUUCCAUCUUGACCGGAAUCAGAACUAUGCUAACAUGCCUGCGGAGAAGAACCUUAGGGGAGUGCUUAGGUCAGAAGUUGAUAGAUCGGUUUCAAGACACAGCAUCCUUGUCGUGGAUUCAUUGAACAACAUCAAGGGUUACAGAUACGAAUUAUGGUGCCUUGCUCGUGCCACCGGUAUUAGAUACUGUGUUCUGUACUGUGAUGUGGAUGAAGACCAUUGCAGACGGUGGAAUAAGGAACGCAGAGAGAAAGGUGAGGAGGCAUCAUACGACGAGAACAUAUUUGAAGAUUUGGUGAGGAGAUUCGAGAAACCCGAAAGAAGAAACCGAUGGGAUUCUCCUCUGUUCGAGCUAAACCCCUCUAGAGAUGGAAUUGACAAAGCCUCUCCUGCUAUUACAGAUGCAGUGGCAUAUUUAACCAAGACAGUUGAUUCCAAAACCCAUGACGUGAAAAUCCUCCAACCCACUAUUGCUACUCAAACCACGAGAUUCUCGGAAGCGAAUUCUCUGUAUGAGUUGGACAAGGCUACUCAAGAAAUCAUCAACGCGAUCGUGGAAGCACAGGCACUUGGUGGGUCAGUGAACAGAGUUUCAUUAGGACAAGGGCUAUCUUCAGUUACCAUCUCUAGACCGGUCGGGUUACCAGAGCUCAGGAGGUUAAAGAGAACGUUUGUUAAGUUGACAGGUCAAACGAGCUUGAGCGGGCCACCUCCUCCAUCAGAUGCAGACAGUGCAAAGAGAAUGUUUGUGGAUUACUUGAACAGAGAGCUUGGAGGUAGUGCUUGAAUUGAUGAUGAGAAAUAUAUACACUUCCUCUUUGAUCUUUUGCAGCCUUUAACCUCAUUUUCUGGAUUAAAUUAUGGGCAAAAAUUGUUUUUUUUUGUCUGGUUAUUGUCUCUGAAGCUAAUGAUGUUGUACCGAUAACAUAAGAGAUAUGGUUCUAAGCUUUGUUCCCGUGAGUGUUGUAAUUAGAGCUGGGCGUUUCAGAUAGUUCGGUUUCGGUUUAGGAAUGAUUCUGUUUGGUUCUUUCGGUUUUACAAAACUAUGUACGGUUAUUAUAUCA